AUGCUGUUGCUUUCCGUGGUGUCUUCCUACAGCACCCGAGUCCAGGGAAUAGCGGUUCGGGGUCGAUUCCUUUGCGGUCGUGAGCCACUUGCACAUGCGACCGUCAAAAUUAUCGACAAAGAUUCUGGUCGUGAUCCUGAUGACCUACUCGGUGAAGUACUCACCGAUUCGGAUGGACGAUUCUCAUUGUCGGGCGCCACACGAGAAGAUGGAGACAUUGAAGCCGCCAUUAAAGUAUACCAUGAUUGCAAUGAUGAGCAUACGCCGUGCCAACGCAAGAUGAUGUGGGACAUUCCGCAGCGAUACAACAACAAUGGAACCGUCUCGGAAUGGUUCGAGAUCGGGGAGAUCAACCUGGAGCUCGGGUUCCGGAGCGAGGAACGAGACUCUUUGGGCAUGUUGACGAGACUCGCUGGACAGACGGUCCGCCACGGAUCCGGCGUCCCGGACCACCUCGAGGAACAUUCAGCCAAACUCUUCAUCAACGACGAGUUCAUGAACGCGAAGAGCGGCAAAUCGUUCGAGACCCAGGACCCGGCCACCGGCAACAAAAUCGCUGAUGUCGCCGAGGGGGGACCGCGCCGAUGUUCAUGCCGCCGUGAAGGCCGUCCCAGCAAGCCUUCCGUCUCGGCUCGCCGUGGCGCCGGAUGGACGCCGCGCAGCGCGGUGCUGAUCCAACGCCUGGCCAACCUAAUGGAGCGCGAUCGCCAGAUUUUGGCUUCGCUGGAGACGCUCGACACCGGCAAGCCGCACUCCGUCUCAUACGCCGCCGACCUGGGACUGUCGAUUGCUGGCAUGAGCGACCAUUUCACCUGCACGCGCCAUGAGCCCGUUCGCGCUUGCGGUCAGUUUAUCCCGUGGAACUUUCAACUUCUGAUGCAGGCGGGAAGCUGGGCACCGCUUUGGCUAUGCCGCUUUCCGCCCUGCUCUUUGACCUCCUUCCUUCGUGAGGCUGGUUUCCCAGAGGGUGUUGGCAACAUCCUGUCCGGCUUCGGGCCGACAUCCGCUGCAGUUGUGGCACAGCACAUGGGCAUUGACAAGGCAUUCACCGGAUCCACCGAAAUUGGACGGCUGGUGAUGAAGGAGGCGCAACAGCAUCAAGACAGCAACAUCAAAAAGUUCACGGUCGAUCUGGGCGGAAAGGCGCCGAACAUCAUCUUCGCCGACGCCAACCUCGACGAGGCCGUCGAGCAAGCCCACCGCGAGCUCUUCUUCCACCAAAGCCAAUGCUGCGGCGACGCAAUUCGCACUUUUGUUGAGGGCAUGGUCUACGACGAGUUCGUGGCGCGCAGCAGGGAGUUGGCGCGGAAGCGCGUCGUCGGCGACCCCUUCGACCUCGAGUCCGACCAGGGUCCACAGAUCGACGGCAACCAGGGCAACACCGUCCUCAAGUUCAUCGAGGCCGGCAAGCGCGAGGGUUUAAUUGGUGUCCGGCUGCAAGAAGGUCGGCGA